UCAAUUCAUUUGUACGCAAUGGGGCUCCUCAGUCUUUCUCCCACUAACUAUGUUAUCCUCCUCAUCACUCUUUUCCUUGUCCUGGCCGAGUCAACCCGGCCUCCUUUCGCCUGCGACUCGGCCAACCCUUCAACCAAAUCGUUACCUUUCUGCCAAACGGACCUGCCCAUCAGCCGCAGGGUUCAGGACCUGGUCUCCCGCCUCACACUAGACGAGAAAAUAUCCCAACUCGUUAACUCGGCCCCUUCAAUUCCCCGACUUGGUAUCCCUGCUUACGAGUGGUGGUCCGAAGCCUUACAUGGGGUGGCCAACGCUGGCCCCGGCGUAAAGUUCGACGGACCCAUUCACUCUGCCACCAGCUUCCCUCAAGUCAUCCUCACCGCCGCCUCCUUUGACGCCAACCUUUGGUAUCGCAUCGGCCAGGUGAUUGGAACUGAAGCAAGAGCAGUGUACAAUGCUGGAGAAGCGAAAGGCAUGACAUUUUGGGCUCCAAACAUAAACAUAUAUAGAGACCCAAGGUGGGGAAGAGGGCAAGAGACGCCGGGAGAAGAUCCGCUGGUGACUGGAAAGUACGCAGUGUCGUAUGUGAGAGGUGUUCAAGGGGACUCAUUUGAAGGAGGAGGCAAGCUUAGUGGUGGCGGUCAUCUUCUAGCUUCGGCUUGUUGUAAGCAUUUUACUGCUUAUGAUUUGGACAACUGGAAGGGCAUUAAUCGGUUUGUUUUCGAUGCUCAUGUGACGCAGCAAGACCUAGCUGACACGUACCAGCCUCCGUUCCAAAGCUGCAUAGAGAAAGCAAAAGCAAGCGGCAUAAUGUGCGCUUACAACCGUGUCAAUGGGGUCCCAAACUGUGCUGAUUUCAACCUCUUAUCUAAGACUGCCCGAGCCCAGUGGGGAUUUCAUGGGUACAUUACGUCCGACUGCGACGCCGUUUCGAUCAUCUACGACGACCAAGGAUUCGCUAAGUCGCCCGAAGAUGCUGUCGUUGAUGUGCUUAAAGCCGGAAUGGACGUGAACUGCGGUUCCUACUUACAGAACCACACAAAAUCAGCUGUUCUGAAGAGAAAACUUCCCGUUUCCCAAGUAGACCGAGCUCUCCACAACCUAUUUGCCGUUAGAAUGAGGCUAGGCCUCUUCGAAGGUGACCCCACCAAAUGGCGUUACGGCAACAUUGGUCCUAACCAAGUCUGUUCCCAAGGCCAUCAAGCUCUUGCCCUUGAAGCCGCUCGAAAUGGCAUAGUUUUAUUGAAGAACUCCGCCAAGCUCCUCCCUCUUGCCAAGAAGUCAACAAACACCAUUUCCCUCACCGUCAUUGGCCCCAACGCCGAUUCCCCGAAAACGCUCCAAGGAAACUACUACGGUCCUCCAUGCAAAUCUAUUUCGCUGCUCCAAGCUCUUCGUGGCUACCUCAAGAAUACGGCUUAUCACCCAGGCUGCGCUGACGCCGUGAAUUGCACCUCUGUCGAUAUAAAUAAGGCGGUGGAGGUCGCGAAAGGAGCGGAUUAUGUGGUGUUGGUUGUUGGACUGGAUCAGUCACAAGAGAGAGAGGAUCAUGAUCGUGAGCACUUGGCGCUUCCAGGUAAACAAGAGGAGCUCAUCUCCACCGUGGCCAAAGCGGCCAAGAAACCGGUUGUCCUUGUUGUUCUUUCUGGUGGUCCGGUCGAUGUUUCUUUCGCCAACUAUGAUCGCCGCAUCGGAAGCAUCUUGUGGGCAGGGUAUCCGGGCGAAGCCGGAGGACUUGCUCUUGCCGAAAUCAUAUUUGGUGAUCACAACCCAGGAGGGAGAUUGCCAGUGACUUGGUAUCCACGAGAUUAUGUAAAAAUUCCAAUGACGGACAUGAGGAUGAGGGCUGCACCAUCUUCCGGUUAUCCGGGUCGAACUUACCGAUUCUACAAAGGCCCCAAAGUAUUUGAGUUCGGUUAUGGACUUAGUUACUCUACCUAUUCUUACAAAUUGUCGUCUUCCACUCAAAACAAGCUCUACUUGAAUUUGUCGUCCUCAUCCUCAUCCGGUCACGUAGCUGCUGCCGACUCUGUUCGCUACCACCAAGUUUCGGAGCUAAGCCAAGAAUUCUGCGAAAAAAAAUCAUUUUCAGUCUCGGUGGGAGUUGAAAAUCAAGGUGAAAUGGAGGGCAAGCAUUCGGUCUUGCUUUUCAUGAAGCGGGUAAAGAGCACAAAUGAAGGCAAUCCGUUGAAGCAGCUGGUAGGAUUUGAGAGUGUGAAGUUGAAAGCAGGGGAAACAGCUCAAGUUGAGUUCAGGUUGAGCCCUUGUGAGCACUUGAGCAGCGCCAAUGAGGAUGGUAUGAUGGUUUUGGAAGAAGGCUCUCGUGUGUUAUUUGUGGGAGAGGAGGAGUACCCUAUUCAUAUUAUAUUUUGAUUUUGAGGGGCUUGGUCUUUGAAUUUCAUACCCUGAUCUGAUGAAUGUAAUUUCAAGCAUACCUUAAUGAAAUAAAUACUUGGGUAUAAACAUGAGUAAUUUACUCAUAGAA